AUGCACCGGGCUGCGACUUUGGUGCGGGUGGGGAGGGUGGGCAGGUGGGCAGCUACCGUUAGCAACGCUGCCGAGCAAUUAGUUAUAUGGAGUCAUUGCUACCCCUCUAAAUUACCAUGGAUGAAGCUGGAUCGCAAAGUCGUGAUUUCGCUGCGGGCUCUAGCCAUCUUCGGCCAAGACGCCAAGGCAUUAAGCCUGACCGGUCGGAUCCACCCCUAA